CUUCUAUAAUCAUGGCAAAACCUUAUGAAUUUAACUGGCAGAAGCCAGUUCCCUCUUUUAUGCAAGAUGGAGCUGUGUUUGAUAGAUAUGAAGAGGAAUCUUUUGUCUUUGAAAGCAACUGUCUCUUCCAAGUGGAUGAAUUUGGCUUUUUCCUGAGCUGGAAAAGUGAAGGAAAGGAAGGACAGGUAUUAGAAUGCUCCCUGAUCAACAGUGUUCGUUUUGGAGCUGUACCAAAGGAUCCCAAAAUACUAACUGCACUUGAGGCUGUUGGAAAAUCAGAAAAUGAGUUGGAAGGACGGAUAGUGUGUGUUUGCAGUGGCACAGAUCUGGUGAACAUCAGCUUCACUUUCAUGGUUGCGGAAAACACAGAAAUAGCCAAGCAAUGGGUAGAGGGGCUUGGAUCUAUCAUACAUAACUUUAGAGCUAACAAUGUCAGUCCAAUGACAUGUCUCAAGAAACACUGGAUGAAGCUGGCCUUUCUAACAAACACAAAUGGGAAAAUUCCAGUUCGGAGCAUUACCAGAACCUUUGCCUCAGGUAAAACAGAAAAAGUGAUCUUUCAGGCACUUAAGGAAUUAGGUCUUCCCAGUGGAAAGAAUGAUGAAAUUGAGCCCGCAGCGUUUACUUACGAGAAGUUUUAUGAGCUCACCCAAAAGAUAUGUCCCCGAACUGACAUUGAAGACCUCUUUAAGAAGAUCAAUGGAGACAAAACUGAUUAUUUAACGGUAGACCAAUUAGUGAGCUUUCUAAAUGAACAUCAACGAGAUCCUCGGCUCAAUGAAAUUUUAUUUCCCUUUUAUGACACAAAAAGAGCAAUGCAGAUAAUUGAGACAUAUGAGCCAGAUGAAGACUUGAAGAGUAAAGGUGUCAUAUCAAGUGAUGGGUUUUGCAGAUACUUGAUGUCAGAUGAAAAUGCCCCAGUUUUCCUAGACCGUUUGGAAUUAUAUCAAGAAAUGGACCAUCCUUUGGCUCAUUAUUUCAUCAGUUCCUCUCACAAUACAUAUUUAACAGGCAGGCAGUUUGGUGGCAAGUCUUCGGUGGAGAUGUACAGACAAGUGCUUUUGGCUGGAUGCAGGUGUGUCGAGCUGGACUGUUGGGAUGGCAAAGGUGAAGAUCAAGAACCAAUAAUAACACAUGGAAAAGCAAUGUGUACAGAUAUCCUUUUCAAGGAUGUAAUUCAAGCCAUUAAGGAAACAGCAUUUGUUACAUCAGAGUAUCCUGUCAUUCUUUCAUUUGAAAAUCACUGCAGCAAAUAUCAACAGUAUAAGAUGUCAAAAUACUGUGAAGAUCUUUUUGGAGAUCUCCUGUUGAAGCAGCCUCUAGAAACACAUCCACUUGAUCCAGGUAAAGCCUUACCUUCUCCUAAUGACCUCAAAAGAAAGAUUCUCAUAAAGAAUAAAAGGCUGAAACCUGAAGUAGAAAAAAAACAGCUUGAUGCUCUGAAAAAGAUGAUGGAGGCUGGGGAAACUGCUGCUCCUGUAAAUAUCCUAGAAGAUGAUAAUGAAGAAGAAAUAGAAAGUGCUGACCAGGAAGAAGAAGCUCAUCCAGAGUACAAAUUUGGAAGUGACCUUACUGUGGAUGAUUACAGUCAAAAAGAAGCUGUUGCCAUCAGUGUCAAAAAGGGUUUAGUAACUGUUGAAGAUGAACAAGCGUGGAUGGCAUCUUACAAAUAUGUAGGUGCCACAACCAAUAUACAUCCAUAUUUAUCAACAAUGGUCAACUAUGCUCAACCUGUAAAAUUUCAAGGUUUCGAUGUAGCAGAAGAACGUAAUAUUCAUCAUAAUAUGUCCUCUUUCAAUGAAUCAGUUGGACUAGGUUAUUUGAAGACUCAUGCCAUUGAGUUUGUGAAUUAUAAUAAACGACAAAUGAGUCGGAUAUACCCAAAGGGAGGCCGAGUGGAUUCCAGUAAUUACAUGCCUCAAAUUUUCUGGAACGCUGGCUGCCAGAUGGUCUCACUGAACUAUCAGACCCCAGAUUUAGCAAUGCAGUUGAAUCAAGGAAAAUUUGAAUAUAAUGGAUCAUGUGGGUAUCUACUUAAACCAGAUUUCAUGCGACGACCAGAUCGAACAUUUGACCCUUUCUCUGAAACUCCUGUAGAUGGUGUAAUUGCUGCAACAUGUUCUGUACAGGUAAUAUCUGGUCAGUUCUUAUCAGACAAAAAAAUUGGUACGUAUGUAGAAGUGGAUAUGUAUGGUUUACCCACCGAUACGAUACGUAAAGAAUUUCGAACACGCAUGGUGAUGAACAAUGGUCUGAACCCUGUUUACAAUGAAGAAUCAUUUGUAUUUCGAAAGGUUAUUCUCCCUGAUCUUGCUGUCCUGAGAAUAGCAGUGUAUGAUGACAAUAAUAAGUUGAUUGGUCAGAGGAUCCUGCCUCUGGAUGGUCUGCAAGCAGGUUACAGACACAUUUCCCUUCGGAAUGAGGGCAACAAACCACUCUCUCUUCCAACGGUUUUCUGCAACAUUGUGCUUAAAACAUAUGUGCCUGACGGUUUUGGAGAUAUUGUGGAUGCUUUAUCAGAUCCAAAGAAAUUUUUGUCUAUCACAGAAAAAAGAGCAGACCAAAUGAGAGCUAUGGGUAUCGAAACUAGUGAUAUAGCCGAUGUACCAAAUGACACUUCAAAGAAUGAUAGAAAAGGAAAAGCCAAUAAUGCCAAAGCCAACGUAACGCCUCAGAGUAGCUCUGAACUUCGACCAAGUACUACCGCAGGCUUUGGAUCUGGGACUGACGCUAAGAAAGGUAUAGACCUUAUUCCUCAAGUGAAGAUAGAAGAUUUAAAACAAAUGAAGGCUUAUAUAAAGCAUUUAAAGAAACAGCAGAAAGAGCUGAAUGCCUUAAAGAAGAAACAUGCAAAGGAGCACAGCGCUAUGCAGAAGUUGCACUGCACACAAAUUGACAAAAUAGUGGCACAAUAUGACAAAGAAAAGGUAUCAUACGAGAAAAUGUUAGAGAAGGCAAUCAAGAAGAAGGGAGGAAGUAAUUGUCUUGAAUUGAAGAAAGAAACGGAAAUUAAAAUUCAGACACUAACAUCAGAUCACAAAUCUAAGGUCAAAGAGAUUGUGGCGCAGCACACUAAAGAGUGGUCUGAGAUGAUCAAUACGCACAGUGCCGAAGAGCAAGAAAUCCGUGAUUUACACUUGAACCAACAGUGUGAGCUACUGAAGAAACUGCUGAUUAAUGCUCAUGAACAACAAACCCAGCAGCUAAAGUUUUCACAUGACAGGGAAAGCAAGGAAAUGCGUGCCAACCAGGCUAAAAUAUCUAUGGAGAACAGCAAAGCCAUAAGCCAAGACAAAUCUAUCAAAAAUAAAGCUGAAAGAGAGAGGCGAGUCAGAGAACUGAACAGCAGCAACACAAAAAAGUUCCUGGAGGAGAGAAAGAGGCUGGCAAUGAAGCAGUCAAAGGAAAUGGAUCAGUUGAAAAAAGUUCAGCUUGAGCAUUUAGAAGUCUUGGAGAAGCAGAAUGAGCAGCUUUUGAAAUCCUGUCAUGCAGUGUCUCAAACACAAGGCAAAGGAGAUGCAGCAGAUGGUGAAGCUGGAAGCAGAGAUGGAUCGCAGGCCAGCAACAGUGGUCUAAAGCCUCAACAAGCAAAUUGA